CCUCCUUGGAGUUCGACUUAUUUCUGACCAAAAAGUACUACCAACGGGUUUCGAACCUGCAAAGGCUCAGGUUCCAUUGAGUCACCACACCUUGUGUUAAAGAACCAGCUUCUGCAUUGUCCUCAAUAUAUAGUUUCUGUGUGCUCUCUGUAAAACGUUACGGCUCCUUCUGCUCAUUCCGAACAUGAUGUCUCUGGUGUGGGGUUCCUCCUCACCGCCCCGACCACCACCAGAAGCAGCAGUGAGCACAAUGGCAAAGAAAUGUGGAGGCUCAAGGGGUCUUCUGAGCAGCAGCAGGGGUGUGGUGAGUAAUUCAAGUGGUGCAGUGGCUUCUUGUGCUUCUGGGUUUCCCUCAUUUCUUCCAAAGGAGGUGGAGAAAAUUAAAGACCCUUAUGCCAGAAACUUGGCUCAAAGGAUGGAGAGGCUCCCUGUACAGAUUGGAUCCUCUGAAAGUUUUAUUAUGAGUAGUUGUGUGAAACCUCAAAAACAAAGUGAGAUCAAUCCAGUGGUUCUCCUUCAUUGCUUUGACAGUUCUUGUUUAGAGUGGAGGUGCGCAUACCCUCUGCUUGAAGAAGCUGGGUUGGAGGCUUGGGCUGUUGAUGUUCUUGGGUGGGGAUUCUCUGAUUUAGAAAGGCGCCCACUGUGCAGUGCAGCAUCGAAGCGUCAUCAUCUCUAUCAGUUUUGGAAGUCCUACAUCAGAAGGCCAAUGAUAUUAGUAGGACCAAGCCUUGGUGCUUCGGUUGCAAUUGACUUUGCAGUCCACCAUCCAGUAGCUGUUGAAAAGCUGGUUUUAAUCAAUGCAAGUGUGUAUGCAGAAGGCACUGGAGACCUGGCAAAGUUACCUAAAUUCUUAGCCUACGCUGGGGUUUCUUUAUUGAAGAGCAUACCUCUACGCCUUUAUGCAAAUUUGUUGGCCUUCAAUGGCAUUUCAUUAUCUACAACCUUUGAUUGGACUAAUGUUGGCCGUUUACACUGUUUGCUGCCUUGGUGGAAAGAUGCAACAGUCAGUUUUAUGAGUAGUGGAGGCUACAAUGUUAUUUCCCAAAUAAAACAGGUGAAGCAAAAAGUACUUGUGAUUUGCAGCGAGCAAGAUCAUAUUAUCAGCUACAAACAAAUAUUGAGGCUACGCUGUGAGCUUCCGUGCGCAAUCAUGCGGCUAAUACCAGAUAGUGGUCACCUCCCUCAUGUUGAAAAUCCCACCUCUGUUGCGAAACUAAUUGCAGGGUUUGCUCGGAACGAUCGUUGCUGAGGACGAGACUGUUGCAGAAUUUGUUGGACUUGUCCUCUGCUACUAAGAGGCCUGUUUUCCAUGGCAAUAGUGAUGUUUUUCUUUGUAACACUUUUUUCCAUUUGCAGUGCUUCUGAAUUUCAGAGGAUGCCACCCCAGAAUUAGAUUUCUUGUAUGUUUGCAAUGUGAAUCUGAAUAACCGAUGGAACAGUUAGCCAAAAUAUAGUAUGAUAUAACAAGGAACAAUAAAUAAUUAAUAUUCCUCUCUCCUUUGGCA